ACAGGAAGCCCAAUGGCGUCUAUGUAAAUAUUCCGGAGAGAGGCUCUCUGCUUGGAGAUGUUGGUGCCGUCAGCCGAGAGUAAACAAGAAAGGCACCUGUUAAGGAUUGUUAUGGAGACGUGACAUGUAGUUCCACAGUCUGUAAGUCAAGUGGGGUCUAACCAUGGAUUCCAUGCCCAACAACAGUUUGGUUCCUAGUUUCGGUGACUUGGAUGAUUACCUCAACAAACACAAUUCCAACUUAGUCUGGCUACUUGUGGCCACUAUUCUGUCCUGUGGAUGGAUCAUAUACUUGACAUACUACAACUCUCGUAACAUUGGGCUCGUCCUUACUCUUAUUAUCAACAGACUCUACAAAAAUGGAUAUAUACACAUUGGCUCGUUUUCCUUUUCUGUGCUCUCUGGGAAGGUCAUGUUCCGAGAUGUCUACUACAUCAAUGAGGACAUGUCAAUUAGAAUUCAAGAUGGCUUCCUUAUAUUUCGAUGGUGGAAGAUGUAUAACCCCAAACAGAAGCAACAUGACCCAAAGGCUGAAACACGGCUGUAUGUGACCGUUAAUGGUUUUGAGUUCCAUGUAUAUAAUCGCACAGAUCUGUAUGCACGACUACAGGAGAUCUUUGGUUUGGAGCCCACGCUUAUCUCACCCCGACGAGAUGAGGAGAAAGGCAGAGAAGAGCAUAACAAAACCCUUGACAGUGUUCACAUCAAUGCUGAAUCCCAGGACCCCUCUUCAUCGUGGCGGUCUCUCAUCCCAGUCAUAAAAGUCAAUAUCAGCACAGGUCGGGUCGCAUUUGGUAAUCAUCAUCUUCCUCAGACUCUGUGCAUGAACUUUGAUGAUGCCUUUCUGACUUAUGCCACCAAGCCUCCCAGCAGCCAUCUGGAUCAAUUCAUGCACAUAGUGAAGGGUUCGCUGGAAAACGUUCGCGUCAUGCUGGUGCCCAGCCCUCGCUACCUUGGUCUGCAGAAUGAUGAGCCACCUAGACUCAUGGGAGAAGGCUUUGUUGUCAUGCAGUCAAAUGAUGUAGAUAUUUACUACUACCAGGAUGAACCAGGUCUGGUCCCUGAGGAGCUGGAGAAUGGAGAUACAGAGGCCUGCUCUGAGGGAACUAAGCUGCAAGAUCUGCCUCCAUGCUGGGGCUUGGACAUAGUGUGUGGGAAAGGAACAGACUUCAAUUAUGGGCCCUGGGCUGACCGACAGAGGGACAGUUUGUGGAAAUUCUUCCUGCCUGCAGACUAUCAGCCAAUGAAAAUGAGCGAUGUUCCUACUCCAGGAAAGCCCAGACAAAUCCAGGCCUUUGAGCUUCGCAUGAACAUCAUAGCAGACGCGACUAUAGAUCUGCUGUUCACCAAGAACAGGGAGACAAAUGCUAUUCAUGUAAAUGUUGGUGCAGGGUCUUAUUUGGAGGUCAACAUUCCAAUGACUGUAGGAGAAAGUGGUUAUUCCCCCACAGUUAAAGGUCAGUUACUGCACGUGGACACCACCAGCAGCAUGCAAUAUAGGACCCUGCUGGAGGCUGAGAUGUUGGCUUUCUAUGUGAUAGCAAGUUACCCACGUGUGUGGAAUAUGCCACAGUCCUGGCAGUGUGAGAUUGAGGUGUACAAAGCCACUUAUCACUUCAUCUAUGCGCAGAAGAACUUCUUCUCAGAUUUGAUACAAGACUGGGCCAGUGAUAGCGAGCCAGACAUCUACUCAUUUGUGCCAUACUCGUGGACGUUCAAAAUGCUUUUUCAUCAGUUUGAGAUGAUAUGGGCUGCCAAUCAACACAACUGGAUUGACUGUUCCACCAAACAACAGGAGAAUGUGUAUCUUGCUGCCUGUGGAGAAACUCUGAACAUUGACUUCACUUUACCUUUUCACGAGUUUGUUCCUGCUACCUGUAACACAUGUUUCCGUUUGAGAGCCGAGGACACAGAUAUGCGACUGUGUUUGCCUGACUGCCAUCCCAGUCGAUAUCCCCUACUCACCCUUGCCAAGGAUUACCAACACAGCAAGGCCCCGCCAGACAACAGCAUGUCAGCUGAGCCACAAGGGGCUCCUCCAAAGAACAGCAAAGCUCGCUGGAGAAACAUGACACAUGCUGAGGCUGGGUGGGUGGACUGCUGGAGUGUUCCAAAUUUUGGACUCAUCAUAGACUACAACUGGCAUCCCAUCUAUCCUCAGAAAUCUGACCAGCAGCUCAAGCAGUCCUUAUCUGAGAUGGAAGAAUCCAUGCUGUCAGCCUUGCGCCCCCCAGAGCACAUAUCCCCUGUUCCUCCUCCCCCUCGGGCACCGUCCGACCCCAGCCUGCUACCUCCAGACCGGCUACAUGUGGAGAUGGAGCUUAGCCCUGACUCCCACAUCACCCUCUAUGGGCCCCUACUCAGAGCACUGGUGUCCAUUAAGGAGAAUUACUUUGGUGAGGAUGACAUGUACACAGACUUUGAGGAGUCUCUGUCCAGCCCAGUGCUGAGCUCAUGUUCCUCCUCAUCUGGUUGGACUGGAGUGGGACUAGAGGAAAGUGGCCACAAAGAUGCGCCCCAUCCUCUCUCACUACGCCCCUGGGACAUCACUGUACUCAUCAAUUUGCACAAAGUCCAUGGACGCCUCCCUACUCAUUGCAGCAGUGACAGUCCAGAAGGUCCAACAGGGUAUCUGGAACGGCUUUGUUUUGAGAUGAAGAAGGGCUACAGAGAAACCCUGCUUCAGCUUGUCCUCUCUCCUAUGCACGUGUUUGUCAGUGACAACUACCAGAGACCUGCUGUUGAUGGUGUGCUGCGUGAUGGCCACCUGAGCCUAUCAGGUUUGCAGAUGCGAGCUCAUGCCAUGUUUUCAGCUGAAGGGUUACCAGCAGGCAGUGACACGCUUGAAUAUGCCUGGCUUAUUGAUGUUCAGGCCGGGGCUCUUACAGGCAAAGUCACGGUGCCACAGUGUGCCUCCCUGCUGGAGUGGGGGGAGACAUUUUUGUUUCAUGUAGUUUCCCGGGAGUUCCAGCUGGAGCAGCCUAAACCCUCCGUCACCUGUCAGCAUGGAGUUGACCGGAGAGUGUGUGACAGCAAGUAUUCAGCCAUGCCUGGACCUUGCCGGACGUCUGAAGACUUGAAGUAUACCAUGACACGAUUGUCAGUAGAUGGAGCCCAGGUUUUCAUCGUGGAGCAUGGCUGUGCAGCCAACAUUAAGACGGGUGCAUUUCGGUUGGCUACCUGCAAUCUGCACACGGCUGCAGUAGGGGAAGGCAUAAGUGCUGUCCUCCAAGAUGUCGUUGUUGCUCAGUUCAUUGAGCAGCAGGAGGUGGCAAGGCUCGGCCUUCCACCACCGCUUCUGCGGCGAUCCAAUUGGCUUGAGGCUGGUUCUGUGACUUUUAACCUCAUCACUGCUGAUGUUGCUUUGGCUGCUGACCAUCCGGCCAAAUAUGAGGUACAGAGACAUUUCCUGGAGCUCCAUGACAUGCAAACCAAGAGGUUGUGGUUCUUGUGGCCAGAGGAGAAGUAUAAGCGCAGCAGGAACCGAUGUGGAUGUUUAGGUGGAUGCCGUUUUUUUGGCGGCUCAGCUGGUGGUUUGGAUUUUUUCCGUUUGGAAGAAAUCACACCCUCAUCGAGCUCUGCCUUCUCGAGUGGCAGUGCUGAGAGUGACAUGAGCUACGGUCAAUCCCUGUUGCAACCUGGGGAGUGGAUAGUCACCAAGGAGCCACCUAAACUUCCUGAAACUAAAGGUGUGAUACGAGCUAAUACGUGUUCUCCUGCUCCAAUGACUGAUGUGGAGAGACGUGGCCAGCACCUGAGUCUACAGGUACCUCAGCGUUCUCACAGCUCUGCCUCUUCAUCUGAGGAAAACUCCUCUUCAAGUGCUGCUCUGCCUCUGUUGGCCGGGGAGCGAGAGAGCCCCUCCCCCUGUGCAGAGUUAAUGAGUGUGACCACUGAUGGGCCUGUCCCUGAAGGCCCACCAAUGCGUUCUCCUCUCCGCUCUCCCCUCAAGCGCCAGUCCUCUGUGCAGUCUGCUCGCCUUGGUAGCACCAAAAGCUUGUCAGCCGCUGUCUUUGCAGAAAAGGCCCCACCCCCUGCAGGUGUGCAGUUUAGCAGUGAAGUGUCUCGUAGUGACGAAAAUGUUUUGGACUCUCCACGACAGAGGCGUAGCUACGGCUCUUUCCCUUUCACUCCAUCAGCAGAUUCCAGCACUUUCCAUCAGUAUCGCUCAGUGGACUCCUCCAUGUCUGUCGCUGAUAGUGAAGCCUACUUCAGUGCCAACGAGGACUUUGAACCAAUCAGCAGUGACGAGGGGCCGGGCACUUACCCUGGAAGAAAACGGAGACGGAGACAACAAGGACAGCCCCAUAUCGAGCACAGCCGCACCUCAAUAUAUCACAGUGUGGAAGGACCACUGUCAAUCACAGAGACCCGCCCACCUCCACUUCCUAGCCACACCUCACAGGCAUCUUUUGUGUCUGCACUGGGAUUGGAGGAAGAGGGUUCUGUAGAAACGGAGAGGGCGGAGACUGGCCUACUAACAACACAACCACACCUAAUGGCUUGCUACCAUAAUUAUCUAGCUCAUUACCAUGUGUCAAACUGGGCAGUUAAGCAGCCAACCAAUAAGAGGACGUCUAAGUCAUCUCUACACCGCCCUCUUGACCUGGAUACGCCCACUAGUGAAGAAAGCUCUGCAUCCUUUGAUCAGUUGUCUAUUCCUGCUUUUAAGAUGGUUAAAGCAGGUCUGUCUGCAAGCUCUCUGUUAGACAGAGGGGUUCAGCUCAUGGGAGAUUUAAGCAGCACUCCCUAUACACCCCUUGACAAGCGGGCAAUGGAAAACACAGAUGAAGACACAACAACAGAAGAUUGGACAGUAGAUCAGCCACUGGCCCAGACUCGGACUACUGCUAUCGUAGAAGUAAAAGGAGCAGUCAAUAUUGUGCUGACCCCUCUAGUGGCUGAAGCACUGGACAGGUACAUUGAGUCCAUGGUGCACUUUGCCAGUAUUCGCCACCCAGCUUCCAUUCUGGAUGACCUGCAUGGCAGAGUGCUGAAUGAAGCUUACCAGAUCAGCAAGUCUACUGUGACGGAGUCUAGCACUGCAAAGCCUGAGCAUAAAAUCUCGAAAACUGAGGGCACCACUCCUGGAUCCCUGAAUACACCUCAUGGACAGACCGACCUGUCUGUGAAACCUGAUAAUGUGAAAAUAAAAGGCCUGCAAGCCAAUGUUACUGUCCCAAAGGUGAAUCUGUGUGUGCUGCAGGCUUCAGUCGAGGAGGGUUCUCCCUCUAAUAAGAGUAUCACACAUGUCUCUCUUGUGGCCCUGUGCUUUGACAGAAUUGCUACUCAGCUCCGAAUGAACCGGGGAAUAGUGGAAGACACAGAAAAGCCCUCUGUAAUGAUGGAGAAGUUCUCAUCUGCUUCCAAGAUGGCUCCGCAGUCCAGUGGAUCUCUACGUUCAAAUGCAGGAAUAGAGAAGGGCAAAGAAAUAGCAGCCAGACUCAACAUCCACCGCAUACACAGCCAGCUGCGUGGCCUUGACUCAUCAGACCUGGGAGCUUGUGCUAUAACUGCCAUUCCAUUUGAGAAGUCCAAGGUUCUUUUCAGCUUGGAGGAGACUGAUGAUUUUGCCUUGGUGGAUGAGACUGAGCCAUCAAUCAGCACGGAUCAUGUCCCAGACCAUGCCUCUGACCCUGCCCGCUCUGUGGCGAGCCCUGAGAAAUGGGGCUGGAUCAUGUUUGAGUGUGGGAUUGAGAACCUUACCGUCAAAGGUGGGCGUCAGUCAGGGGCGGUACUCUACAGUGCAUUUGGAGUGAUGGGAGGAACGGACGCUGGUGGUAGAGGCGGUGUUUCUAAAUCUAAUGGCUCUAGUGGCUCUCAGACCGGAAGUGGCUACAGCACUGAUGUAUCUGACGACAACCUGCCUAAUGAUGCUCAUAGCCCUGCCUCUGAACCCAACAACAACUCUGACUCUGACGAGCAGGAUGAAGGGGUGGAGUCUGAUGACUUGAAGAAGGACCUCCCUUUAUUGCCCCCUCCUCCUGACUCCAGCAGUAUGAAGCUUACUAUAAAGGAGAUCUGGUUCAGUUUUGCUGCUCCAACCAACAUACGAUCUCAAGCACAGACCAUGUCCAGGCAGCUCAAUCUGUUAAGCACUGCCACUCCUGCUGUUGGUGCGUGGCUGGUGCCUAUCGACCAACUGAAAUCCUCACUUCAGAAACUGGACAUGGAGGCCACACUGCGGGUGUGUGCAGUCAUGGGCUGCAUUAUGACCGAAGCACUGGAGAAGAAGAGCAUUCACAUUCCAUUCCGGAGCAAAUAUAACCGUGUGACGAAACGAGCACGGUAUCUUCAUGAGAACCCAUCCUGUUUACUUUGUAAUAUUUUACACCGCUACCUUCAACAAGCUGACUACAGCAUCAUAGAGGAGGCUACCAUGAACGAUGGCCUCCCUGCUCUGGUGACACUGAAAAAGGGUUUGGUUGCACUUGCUCGUCAGUGGAUGAAGUUCAUCGUCGUUACUCAGGGCUUUAAGGCAGUUGGUCUGCUACGACCCAAUCAGCUGCCAAAACCCAAAGAGCCUGCCCUCACGGAUCCUGACCCUGGCCUAGGUGUGGACAGCGGAGGUGCCCUUCAGAGUGACACCAGUGCUGAUGGUGUUGAGAUUGAGUUUGAUGCAGGCACUGUUAGUGAACACACAAUGCUGUUGGAUGCUGUUGGAGGGUGCAGUCGACAAGCUCCCACUGGAACCUCUGCUCCUGUGAGUGGCGUUGAGAUCAUGAGGAAGCUGUCUAAAUCUCACACUCACAGUGAGUCAGGUCUCAAGAUCAAGGGUUCGCAUCCUUAUCAGUCCUUGAGCUACACAAGUGGAGACACCGCAGCUGAUUCACCAGCUCAUGUGAGCCGGACAGGGCUACAGUCCAAUCAUAGUCCACGAAAGGAGUCUUUGCUAAGCUACUUGACUGGAAGCUUUCCCAGCUUGCAUAACCUGCUAGAAGCCACACCUCCUCGCACUACUGAACAAACGGCAGCUAAGAGCAGCUCUCUGACACGUACAGACAUGCUGACAGAGCAUCCGCUCCUGUCUGAGCCAUCAUCUGUCAGCUUCUACAACUGGAUGUCCAUCGCUGUUGGAAACCGCCAGGGGGGCAACGUGCAGGAGUCUCCACUCAACCGCUCUCAGCACAACAGCCUGCAGACUGGAGGCAUGCUCCCGACCAUUCCCUCAGCGUCAGACUUUAACACAGUUCUGUCGAGUGACCAGAACACAAUGGACACACACUCUCAGCACACACACUCUCAACAUAGCACCAGCCAAGAUGACCUGCUUGAGCAAGAUGAGACUAACCUCUGCCCUGCGGCAGUGCAACUAGCUGAUGCACAAGUGGUGUUUAAGCCUCUACUGAGUCACAUGGGGAUUCAGUCUCAGGACACUCCUCAGUCUCUCAGUUAUAAGAUGUACUUCGGGGAGCACCUGUCUUUCAGUGGCACUCUGGAAUGUCUGAGGGCUGACAUUGUUGACUCAGACACCAGCAAAGAAAGGAAGAACAAACGAGCCCGAAGGCAGGGCAUGGUGAAUCUUCCACCGCUGGAGUUCAAGCCAGCACUGAUGAUUGAAACAUUUAGUCUGAACGCAGUGAUCCUGGAGAAAUGCAUGUCAUCACCACCGUCAGCCAGCGCUCUCUCCUUUCAUGAGCUGAGCCGGCGUCCGCAAGCCAGUGUACACUGCCACUUCACACUGGCCUGCCAAGCCAUCCGCCAGCAUGUGGACAUGGCCCUGGUGCGCCUCAUCCACCAGUUCAGCACCAUGAUCGACGACAUCAAGGCCACACAAACAGACAUCAAGCUCAGUCGCUACACUGCUGGCUCCGCUUCACCCACUCCCACCUUCAAGGCUCGACCAUAUCGCGAGUUCCGCUCCUCAGACUUUAGCCGCAGCUCCCGUGGCAGCCUGAACGGUGCCCCCCGCCUCAGCACGCAAAAAGGCAAGCGGGCUGCUGCUGGGCCGGGCCUGGACACGCUGACCCGCAACCGGGAGCCGCGGGGCAGGAGCUCGCUGGGCAGGUCGGAGAGACGGACAUCCAAAGUGUCACGGAAGGGGUCGCGGGACGUGGCAGAUCAUAUGACCAUCCAGAUGGAUGAUUCUGACUCCAUUACAGUGUCUGAGCAGAGCGAGCCGUCAGCCGAGUGCUGGCAGAACAUGUAUAAGCUGCUCAACUUUUACUCACUCAUUUCUGACCCCACAGGCAUCUUGGAGAAAAGCCAUGACAAUGCGCUCUCAGAGGGUGGGCGGAGUCCUGCAGAGCCUCCAUGCCGGUUGGUGUUUGAGUCUGAGGCGGAGUCUCCACCGAGCCGGCCAGGGCGUAGACGGAGCUUGGUGAGCUCUGAGCCUCAGCAUGUAACUCUGAUAGUAUUUGGUGUGGGCAUGGUGAACCGUACACAUCUAGAAGCAGACAUUGGAGGACUGACCAUGGAGGCAGAACUAAAGAAAAUACACGGCAGCUUCACGCUAAAGGAAAAAAUGAAAGAUAUUCUUCAUCAGAAGAUGACUGAGACGUGUGCAUCAGCCCACAUUGGUGGAGUGAACAUUGUGCUUUUGGAGGGAAUUACACCAAACAUUCAACUGGAGGAUUUCCCAACCUCCCCUACCAGCACAGCCAAGCAAGAGUUUCUGACGGUGGUGAAGUGUAACAUUGCUAAGUCUCAGGCUCUGUACAGUGCCCAGCGUGGGCUGAAGACCAAUAAUGCUGCUGUAUUUAAAGUGGGUGCCAUCAUGAUCAAUAUCCCACAACACCCUGCAACGCUUCAUAGCAUGAUGGUCCGCAGCUCUCAUCAACUUUCCAAACAGAUCUCAGACCUGAUCCGCCAGCCUUCUAAUCCUCCACCCCCAAACAGAGAAGAAACGCCUACUCCACAGCCAUCUGAUAAGGCCUCAAGCAUUAAUCAAACGCCAGUGGAGGCCAAUGAGUUUCCACAGCUGCCUGAAGGGUUGGAGAAGAAACCAAUUGUUCUGAAGUUCAGCGCCAUGCUAGAUGGGAUCACUAUUGGUGCCGCGCUGCUCCCAUCUCUCAAGGCAGAGUACAAGAUGGGCAGAAUGAAGAGCCAUGGAAUGACUGGUGCCCAGACGAGGUUCACAUUCGAGCUCCCCAAUCAUAAGCUGUGCUUCCAGUCCAAGGUCUCUCCAGUGGACGUGUCAGCCGUGCCUCCCUCAGCCAGCCUGACCCUGCCACAGGUCAUCAUGUCUGGAGAGUAUAUUAUCCAGGAGCACGAAGGCCACAGUGAUACCCCCUGGGCCCCUGAUGACAUGCCUACCAAGCAUGGCUAUCUCCAGGGCAACUACCUGCGCUGCGUGGCUGAGAUUGGGUCAUUUGAACACAACCUGACCACAGAUCUUCUGAACCACUUGGUCUUCCUCCAGAAGGUCUUCAUGAAGGAGGUCAAUGAGGUCAUCCAGAAAGUCUCAGGGGGAGAGCAGCCUAUUCCACUGUGGAAUGAACAUGAUGUGUCAACUGAUGGAGACAAACCUAAAAUCCUGCUCUACUCCCUGAAUCUUUUAUUUAAGGGCAUUCAAAUGACUGCCACAACUCCGUCUAUGCGAGCUGUUCGUUUUGAGACUGGGUUGAUUGAGCUGGAGCUGUCCAAUCGUAUUCAGUGUAAGGCCACGCCAACAGGAAGCAGCUAUCUGAAACUUUUUGGGAAAUGUCAAGUGGAUCUGAACCUUGCACUUGGACAAAUCGUCAAACACCAGGUCUAUGAGGAGGCCGGAUCAGAUUUUCAUCAGGUUGCAUAUUUCCGCACUCGUAUUGGCUUGCGCAAUGCCCUUCAGGAGGAGAUCAGUAGCUGCUCUGAUAAAGAGGCUGUCCUUAUCACACUCAACCGGCCAAUAGUAUUUGCCCAACCAGUGGCGUUUGACAGAGCUGUUCUGUUCUGGCUCAACUAUAAGGCAGCCUAUGAUAACUGGAAGGAGCAGCGGCUUGCGUUAAAUUCAGACAUUCAUGUGGCCACUAAAGAGGUGGUGGACAAACUACCAGCGAUCCAGCAGACCAGUGUACAAGCCUUCAGCACUCUCUUCCUCCAGCUCACGGUCAACGACCUGGGCAUCUGCCUACCUAUCACCGGCGCCUCUCAGGCCAAUCACACUUUGGAUUUUGAUACGGGCUCUGCACUGGUGCUGACCAUAGAGAGUACUCUGAUAACGGCCUGCUCGUCCGAAUCCCUGGUCAGUAAAGGACACUUUAAGAACUUUUGUAUCCGCUUCGCCGAGGGAUUUGAGACAACAUGGGACGACUGGAAGCCUGAGGUCAGAGGAGACCUGGUUAUGAAUGCCUGUGUUGUCCCUGAUGGCACAUAUGAAGUUUGUUCAAGAACUACAGGCCAAGCCUCUGCAGAGAGCAGCAGUGCAGGUACGUGGACCCUGAACGUUCUAUGGAAGAUGUGCGGGAUAGACGUGCAUAUGGACCCCAACAUUGGUAAGCGUCUCAAUGCUCUGGGUAACACGCUCACCUCGCUGACGGGUGAAGAAGACAUAGAUGACAUCACUGACCUGAACUCAGAAAACAUGGCUGAUCUGUCGGAUGAGGAUGAGAGUGACGGCAUGUCCCCCACUAUACACAUGUGUGUGGAAGGGGACCUGAGCCCCAGAGUCUCAUUCAGGAAGCGGCUGGUGAACAGCAUUCUGGGCCUUAGCCCCACACUGCCCCCUCGCUCACCCUCCACACACUCAGAGUAUCGGGAUGUUUCUGCCGCGUCCUCGAUCACUCGCUCCAAAUCGAGAAGCGUUCGACUGCCUCCUUCUGCCAGUGCACAAAGAACUAGACACCCAAGACCCCUAUCCUGGGGCUGUGAAUCCAUUGACCCGCGCAGGCAGGUGGUUAUGGGUAAUCAGAUCAUCGAUGCCCGGGGACGUAAAUUCACCAAACGUCUAGUGGACAUCAGGGAGCUCAAUGAGCAGGCCAAAGUCAUUGAUGACCUCAAAAAACUGGGAGCGAGCGAGGGAACUAUAAAUCAGGAAAUCCAGAGGUACCAGCAGCUGGAGUCGGUUGCUGUAAAUGAUAUUCGCCGUGAUGUGCGCAAGAAACUUCGCCGGUCCAGUAUGAGGGCUGCAUCUCUAAAGGAUAAAUGGGGUCUUGGCUAUAAGCCCAGCUACAGCAGGUCAAAGAGCAUCUCUGCAGCUGGGAGACCACCCAUGAAGAGGAUUGAGAGACAGAGUUCCAGACUAGGAGAAAUGGAUGAUCUUCCAGACAUUAAAGUGGAUGCUGCAUCUCCAGGACCAAGAGUUACCUUCAACAUUGACACGAUGAGUAAUGUGCCGCUGGACACCCUACAAACUCCACUCCCACCCACACAGAGUCCAGCCGACUCUGUCUUCAAGUUCCCGGAGGAGACAGAGAUGGAUUUAUUGUCUGUCACCAUUGAUGAUCCUGCUCGCCAUUUCCCAUCAUGCUCAGUGUUCAGUGCGCCCGCUACGCCUGAAGUCUUCUCACCCAGCAUUCCCUUCCAGCCUGAUGACAGUCGCCGUGAUGACCUGUCCACCUCUUCGUCAGAGGACUCAGAUAAGGAUGAAGAAUUUGACCGUGAGAGAGCGCCAAGCUACUACCGCCGGCCAUUAUCAUCUCAGAAAAAGUCCUCAGGAUUGGUUGCGUUAUUUAGUGAGCGAUGGCCAACCACUCCUCCUCAGCGUGGAGCUUUAACGCCACCCACCGAGCGGAACAUUGACUUUGAGCUGGAUGUGCGUGUGGAGAUUGACAGUGGAAAGUGUGUGUUACAUCCUAGCACUCAGCCGCCGGAGCAUGAGGACCUCGCAGUGCGCAGGAGUUGUGAUCGGAGUUCGCGGAGUCUGGAUCAAGAUUCUCCUCCAAAGAGACGAAAGCUGCAGCCCAGCUUCACCUCUAGCUCGAACAUGCUGAGUGCUAAAAGAGUGCCCUCCUCCCUACAGAGCAAAAGUAGUGACAUCGAGACCACAGUCUUUUACAUUCCGGGAGUAGACGUCAAGCUGCACUACAACUCCAAAACCUUGAAGACGGACUCGCCCAAUGCCUCGCGAGGCUCAUCCUUACCAAGAACCUUCUCUAAAGAGUCCAAGCUGUAUGGUAUGAGAGACUCUCCUGGCCCUGUGCCCACAGCCCCUGGCAAGACUAACACACUCCUGUCCCCUCCUCCCCCUCCUCUGCCCUCAGCUAAAGGCAAGGCGAGUGUCGGUGUGAAGACUGCUAAGCUGUAUGCAUGGGUGGCCCUGCAGACUCUUCCAGAGGAAAUGGUGAUUAGCCCUUGCUUGUUGGACUUCCUUGAGAAAGCUUUGGAGACCAUCCCCAUUACACCAGUGGACAGGAACUAUACAGUGAGUGCUCCUGAGGAGGAUGUUGGGCAUUUUGACUCUGUGGAUCCCCUGGAGGAGUCUCAGGUCUCUCUGGUGUCAGCGUCUGCCUCGCCAUACUCCUCUUUUCCAGUGGAUGUGGUCGUCUACGUCAGAGUACAGCCAUCUCAGAUUCGCUUCAGCUGUCUGCCCAUGUCCCGUGUGGAGUGUAUGUUGAAGCUACCCUCUCUGGACCUUGUCUUCUCCUCCAAUAGGGGUGAACUGGAACCCCCCACCUCCACCCAUCCUGCCGAAACGCAACAUACACCCUCAUCCACACCCCCCUCUGUGCACAAUGCCCACAGGGUGCCUGGCAGUAAGGGUCCAUCUACAGGUUUGGGCAGUCCUCUGGGGCGGAGUCGACACAGUAGCAGUCAGUCUGAUUUAUCAGGACCAUCCACUAACUCUUCAGGGCUGAGCUUCACAGCAUGCAUGUCUGAUUUCUCUCUCUACGUGUUCCAUCCCUACGGGGCCGGCAAGCAAAAGUCUGCUGUAACUGGCCUGCCACCAGGACCAGGACCACUGGGAGCAGUGGAGGAGGAGAGCACCUCCGUGACAGGCAGGAAGGACUCACUCUCUAUUAACCUGGAGUUUGUCAAAGUCAGUCUGUCCAGGAUGAGGCGCACAGGAUGCCCUGCCUUUAUUGACACCUUCCUCGCCAGCAAAGGGGGCAAGAUGGACACCACUCUCAUUAACAUCUCAGCGGUGUGCGAUAUUGGUUCAGCCUCCUUUAAGUACGACAUGAGGCGUCUCAGUGAGAUCUUGGCCUUCCCGAAAGCCUGGUACCGACGCAGCAUUGCAAGGCGACUGUUCCUUGGAGACCAGACAAUUAAUCUUCCAGCUUCUGGCCCUGCCACCCCAGACUCAGCUGAAAGUGUAGCCCAGCAUCUGUCUCCUGAGUCCAGCCGUAAAGCAUACUGGAGGACGUGGGAUGGCCAGCCAGCCCAGCACCCCUCCUCCAAUGUGUUCAAUGAUUCCACCCCCAGUCACACGCACCUCAAAUCACCUGCUACUGGCCGCUCUCGUAGUGUGUCUGACUCCUCUGCACCCCGUCGAGAUUCUGUGACUAAAACUUCCACCCCGUUCCGGAAUAAUAAGGCAGCAGCACAGCAGGGGUCGCCAUGGGAGACUUUGGUGGUAUUCGUCAUCAACCUCAAACAGCUCAAUGUCCAAAUGAACAUGAGCAACGUAAUGGGCAACAACACGUGGACAACGAGUGGCUUAAAGAGUCAGGGACGUCUCUCGGUGGGCAGUAAUCGAGAUCGAGAGAUCAGCAUGGCUGUGGGACUAGGUCGUUCCAAACUGGACUCCAAAGGAGGAGUGGUGGGAGGAAACAUUGAUGUGAACACACUUGAGAUGGUCUCCCAUAUCUCAGAGCAUCCCAACCAGCAGCCCAGCCAUAAGAUCCAGAUCACAAUGGGUUCAACAGAGGCCCGGCUGGACUACAUGGGCUCUAGCAUUCUAAUGGGGGUCUUCAGCAAUGCUGACCUGCAGCUCCAGGAUGAGUGGAAGGUCAACCUUUGCACGGAGGCCAGCUUAUCAGAGAAAAGUGAGAUCUUUGUGCAUGGAGACCUGCAGUGGGAUAUCUUCCAGGUGAUUAUCUCUCGCUCCACCACGCCCGAUCUCAUAAAGAUUGGGAUGAAGCUGCAGGAGUUUUUCACUCAGCAGUUUGACACCAGCAAGCGUGCGCUGUCUACCUGGGGCCCAGGCUCCUUCCCGCCCCCCAAAACACCUGUGGCUAAUGUGGAAAAAGGUGCUGCUGAGCUCUAUAUGGAUGCAGCUCAUCACCGACACUGGCCGGCUGUGCUGAAGAUGGUAGCUGGCUGUCACAUCUCGCUCUUCCAGAUGCCCCUUCCAGAGGAUGCGGUGCAGCUAGGAGGCUCCAUGAGUCUUCAUGGCAACCACAUGACCCUUGCCUGUUUCCAUGGGCCCAACUUCCGCUCCAAGUUAUGGGUUCUGUUCCACCUGGAGGAGCCCAACAUCGCCUUCUGGACUGAGGCUCAGAAGAUCUGGGAGGAUGGUACUGAAACCUACCUGACAGUCCAUACUGACACUGACUGCAGCAAAAAUGGAUCCAACGAUGACUCUACAUACAUUGUACAGACUCUGGAUUUUCACCUAGGACACAAUACCAUGGUAACCAAGCCUUGUGGAGCACUAGAGAGCCCUAUGGCAACCAUCACCAAGGUUUCCCGCCGCCGACAUGAGAACCCACCUCAUGGAGUUGCCACAGUCAAAGAGUGGUUCAGUUAUGUCACAGCAAUGAGGAAUGAAGAGCUGAAUUUACUAAGGAAUGUGGAUGCAAAUAAUUCAGAGAACGGAGCUGCUGCUAAGAGCUCCAGCUUGCUGAGUGGCUUCCGAGGCUCAUCUAGCUACAACCAUGAGACUGAGACCAUCUUCGCUUUGCCAAGGAUGCAGCUUGACUUCAAAUCCAUUCACGUGCAAGACCCAGAGGAGCCUUCUCUUAGUGAUGCCAACAGCAAGCCCAAAGUGGAGUGCAGUGUGGUGACGGAGUUUACAGAUCAUAUCUGUGUUACCAUGGAUGCUGAACUCAUCAUGUUCCUGCAUGAUCUGGUCUCUGCCUACCUGAAAGAGAAGGAAAAAGCCCUGUUUGCCCCACGGAUGUUUUCAUCACGGCCUGGUCAGAAGAGCCCCACGGCGCUGCAGGAAGAGGGCUCAACCGAGAAGGAGAAACCCAAAGAAGAUGGAACAAACUACACCACUGUGGACUGGCGGGAGUUCCUCUGCAAUACCUGGCACCUGGAGCCCACACUGCGGUUAAUUUCAUGGACAGGUCGAAAGAUCGACCCAGUGGGAGUGGACUACAUCCUUCAGAAGCUGGGCUUCCAUCAUGCAAGAACUACAAUUCCCAAAUGGCUUCAAAGAGGAGUGAUGGACCCACUGGAUAAAGUUCUGUCUGUUCUCAUUAAGAAACUGGGCACUGCAUUGCAGGAUGAAAAGGAAAAGAAAGGAGUACGAGACAAAGAGGAGCAUUAACAUUUUCUCUCACAGUCUUCUCCUCAAAUACACAUGCACAAACACACACACACACACACCUGCUCUUAUGUGAGAUCUAGAUCAAUGUGACUAUAAGCUAAUCUGAUACACUGGAAUGAUCAACACUACUGUACACACUCACAAACGCAGUCACUGCACCAUCCUGUGUGAAAUUAGUGUCAACAUAGAUGCUUACUGUGGUGCAUGUGGCCGUUUUGCUUCAGGACUGGUUGAAAGUUGCUUGUUUAUUGUCUGUAUAUUUUGAUCUGAACUUGCAAUCGUCCGUAACCUGCUGCUGAAUGCCAGUUGGACUCCUUAACAUGGAUUAUAUGCACUUAUACAUUUAAGGUUUCAUUAAGUAUUCAAUAACACUGGCUGCCAGUGAAAUCUGAAGCUGUCUUACUUGGAGCUGCACUUUACAAAAUGGCUUCAGAGCCGUAGCAUCUUUAAUGGCACGUCAUGCUCUCUCUCCAACAGUUUUAAAAUUCCAGUUUUCAUUCUUAAUGUAAUUUAAAACAUAAAAAGAUGUGCCAAUUUUUCCACUGCACACCUUUUUUUUUUUUUUUUUGGAGUUCUUUUUCCAUGUGUGGAAGCCCAGGCGUGUCCACUAGUUUGUUUAAUAUUGACCAAAUGGUGAGUUGUCCAGGCUAAGUUGGGUUUGGAAUGUUAGUUUUUACAACAGUUGUCAUAACAAGAUCAAACCUAGGAUUGUAUUUUGAAAUGUGAAUUUUUAUUCUAACACUGUACAUGAUUUUUAUUGGCAUUCGUGACGUUUUGCUAUCUUAAAUGUAUAAUCUGUAACCCAUGUUAGGCCUGUGUGUUUUUUUUUGUUUUUUUUUUUGAAGUGAAAUAGACCUGUCAUGUGUGUGUAUAUACUGAAAUGAAUAGGUUUAAUGUGCUUUAACUGAAUAAAAUGAUUGUGACUUUUA